UCCCCUUCACUAACUGUGGACGUGUGGUUGAUGUUCCAGGGUUUUAUUUCAUUUUGUUUGUCUCUUGUUAUGCCUGAUGUUUGGACAAACUUCGCUGGGAUGAGAAUUAAUAUUUCUUGGGAUCGCACCCUAAAUCCGUGGGUGUUGUUUUCUGUAGCCAGCUAUGGCACCCGGGGAUGUGGUGCCAGACCAUGCGAAGCAGCUGAAGUCCAAGGAGAAGCGACCUGGAAACAGGACCUCGAAAGCAGACUGUGAGCCUGACGGGUCCUUUGUCUUUGAGGCUCAUGAGGCUUGGAAGGACUUCCAUAACUCCCUCAGGCAUUUCUAUGAAGUAGGAGAGCUCUGUGACGUCACACUAAAGGUUGGCAGUAGGUUGAUACCAUGUCACAAGCUAGUGCUGGCUUGUGUGAUACCGUACUUCAGGGCCAUGUUCCUCUCAGAGAUGUCUGAGGCUAAGCAGGAACUGAUCGAGAUCAAGGACUUCGAUGGUGAUGCCAUUCAGGACCUGGUGCAUUUCGCCUACUCCUCAAAGCUCACAUUAACUGUUGACAAUGUCCAGCCGCUGCUUUAUGCUGCCUGCAUCCUCCAGGUGGAAUUGGUGGCGAGAGCCUGCUGUGAGUACAUGAAGGCCCACUUUCAUCCGACCAACUGCCUGGCAGUUCGUACCUUCGCCGAGAGCCACAACCGCGUGGACCUGAUGGACAUGGCCGACCGCUAUGCCUGCGAACACUUCACUGAGGUAGUGGAAUGUGAGGACUUUACAUGCGUCUCUCCGCAGCACUUGCGCACUUUAUUGUCCUCGAGUGAGCUCAACAUCCACUCAGAGACACAAGUGUACAAUGCAGCAGUGAAAUGGCUGAAAGCAAACCCACAGCACCACGAGGCCUGGCUGGACCAGAUCAUGUCUCAGGUGCGCCUCCCUCUUCUCCCUGUCGAGUUCUUGACUGGAACAGUGGCCAAGGAGGAAAUGAUCAAAGGUAACCUGAGUUGUCGCGACCUCAUGGAUGAAGCCAGGAACUACCACUUGCACCUCAGCAACAAGGUGGUGCUGGACUUUGAGUAUUCAGUCCGCACGAUACCCCGGAAACACACAGCAGGUGUUUUGUUCUGUGUGGGCGGCCGGGGGGGUUCUGGUGACCCAUUUCGCAGCAUCGAGUGCUACUCCAUCACUAAGAACAGCUGGUUCUUUGGCCCUGAAAUGAACAGCAGGCGGCGACACGUGGGCGUAAUAUCUGUAGGAGGUAAGGUUUAUGCUGUUGGGGGCCAUGAUGGUAACGAACAUUUAGGCAACAUGGAGAUGUUUGACCCCCUCACCAACAAGUGGAUGAUGAAGGCCUCCAUGAACACAAAGAGGAGGGGUAUAGCCCUGGCAGCUCUUGGCGGUCCUAUCUAUGCCAUCGGAGGUCUGGAUGACAACUCCUGCUUCAACGACGUGGAGCGCUACGAUAUCGAAAGUGACAGCUGGAGCGCUGUGGCUCCGAUGAACACACCCAGAGGAGGAGUGGGAUCUGUGGCACUGGGGAGUUAUGUGUAUGCCGUGGGAGGCAAUGAUGGCGUGGCUUCACUGUCCAGUGUGGAGCGGUUUAACCCACACCUCAACAAGUGGACGGAGGUCAGCGAGAUGGGCCAACGACGGGCUGGAAAUGGAGUCAGCAAACUCAAUGGCUGCCUCUACGUCGUGGGUGGCUUUGAUGACAAUUCACCCCUGAGCUCUGUAGAGCGCUUUGACCCACGAAUGCACCGCUGGGAGUACGUGUCAGAGCUCACCACUCCUCGCGGGGGAGUCGGGGUGGCAACUGUGAUGGGACGAGUGUACGCAGUCGGGGGUCACAAUGGGAACAUCUACCUGAACACUGUGGAGGCUUUUGAGCCCCGAAUGAACAGAUGGGAGCUGGUGGGUUCGGUGUCUCACUGCCGUGCCGGAGCCGGAGUGGCCGUCUGUUCGUCUCACGUCAGCCAGAUCAGGGAUGUCGGCCAGGGCUCCAGCAACGUGGCCAACUGCAUGUGAGCGCCAACCUACUUAUCACCAGGUGACCGACUGCCAGGUCACCAUCGGAUCUGAUCUGAUCACUGCACAAGCACACGACACAAAGCACACAGACAGUGAUGGAAGGAUUUCGCCCCCCCCUGCAACUUCAGUACUGUCGCCACUGUCUGAACAUCAGCCUGGAACAUUUCAUGGAUGUUCAGUUUGCACACAGUGAUUGAGGAACAUUAGGGAGGUUUUAUUGACUUGAAGUGCACAUCUGACAAAUCUGAAGUCUUCUCUGACAUCAUGACACGUUCAAGACUUGACUCCUGCUGGUGUUAUUCGCAAUCAGUGAUGUAGUUAUUUGUACUGUAUUUUCUUCUGUUUGACUGCCUUGCCACAGUUUUGACUUUCUUUUAAUUUUUAAGGGAAAAUGGUAGCUGAGCCUUGUAUUUAAUACUAGAGACUGAGAGGUGAGUCUGGGUUCCAGUGCACAUUAUGAACAGGGACUUUAUAGUGGGCCAGUAUGAAAAGUAUUUCAAAGGUCUCUUCUCUGGUUUGCUCUUUAGCUCUGCAGUUGUUUUUAUUAUCCAGAGAGAUGUGAUCAUACUGGAUUCAACACUUUGUUUUUGCAGUGCAGUGCGUGCAGUUAAAGACCAGGGUUUCCGUUCUGGUCUACGUCCUGGAAGAUUUCAGUUUCCCAAAUAAAAUGGGAGAAAUUGUCAAAACGUCUUUCUCUAGAAAUUGUGUUUUGAGAGAAUUUAUUUUGUCAGACAGUGUAACUGGACAGAUUUAAAUAUGCCAGAUUUCAGAACUUUAAGUCCAAAUAAUGGAAACCCUGGUCAAAACAAAAGAUUUUCUGAAAUAUAAAAUCUGAAAUAUGAUGUCAGUAUGUCAGAUACAUUUCUAAGAUUCCUGUAAGUUCAUGCCAGGUUAAGCUUCCGUUCAAGCAGUCCGUCUUUGUUCCCCUCUGCAGUAAGCUGGAUCGUACCCCCAGCUGCUCUACUUUAAGAGAUUUGCCUGUAAUGUGUUCGAACAAUCAUUUUUAGGGCUGAUUGAGACAAAUCAGUCACUGGUCAGGAGGUGACAGGUCCAAGGAAUUUAAUCACUGCAAGUGCCAAACACAGAAAAAAAAAAUCUGGUUCAACCACCUGCUGAAUCCUGAGUCUCCACCUUUUACCUCGACUUCAGAAUUGAGAAGAAUUUAUACCUGAGAGUCGAGGGCUGAUCAUAGCAAUACGAUGCACCUCUCCACUUCUUCUUCUUCCUCUUCUUCUUCUUCAGUUUCACAAUAUUGUACAGAAAUCUGUUCAAACCGACAGAUUUACAAAUUGGAAAUGUUUGCAUUCGACGAUAGCUGGACUGUCAGUGCUUUCAGACGUGUGUGAGAUUGAGCCGAGGUUUGUCUCUGCAGAUGGUUUCGUUAUAUUUUAAUAUAUGGAUUUUGUAUAAUAAGAUAGGUGUAUCUUUGCUAUUAUUCUUUAAUACACUAUCUAAUCCAUUGCUGUGCACUAUUUUCCUCAAAUAGAUGUGAAGUCUUGAGUAUAUUUUUGUCCUAAAUGGAGAAUUUCAUGUUAUUCAUAUUUGAAGAUGUUUAUUUAACACUCUGCCUAUUUCUGCCCUAUCUAAGAAAACACAUUCAGUUUUUUUCAGAAUAGGCUGACAGAGUUUAAACAGAAAUGCUGAUAUACAGUUUAUACAAGAAAUACACAAGUGUUAUUGCACAGUUUGUGUCCUGCCGUUUUUAAUACUAGUGCAUAUUAACAAUAUAUUAUCAGUAUUGUUGCUGACUUUGUUAGCAAAUGACAGAUGCUGAGUCUUUUGUAAAAUUUACUGUACUUUGUGUUCCUCCUCCUCUUGACUGCUUCCAUGUUUUGCUCUUUAUUUCCAUGGUAUUGGUAUAAAUUGGUACAAUAAAGUUAAUGUGUAAAGUUCA